CACUGUAGUAAUUGUUUUUCAUAUAAAUAAUGGAUUCACUUUUCGGAAUAUUAUCAUUCUUCAGUGUCUUGUUCUAGUGAACACAUCACAUUUACAGAAACUCGCAGAAAUGGCUUUCAAGAUCGCUCUCCUGUUUGCCUGCCUGGCUUACGCCAGUGCCGGAUAUCUGGAACCAGCUGCUUUAGGUUACAGCUCGCUCCAAGCCCCAGCUCUGUCCUACUCUAGCCCAGCCUACAGUUACGGAUACGCAAACUCUGGACAUCAAUUGGCCUACAGCGCACCGAUCGCCCACCAGAGCUAUGCUGCCCCUCUUAUCCAGCAAGCAUACGCUGCUCCAAUCGCUCAUCAAACCUACGCAUCCGCUCCAGCCCUUUCGUAUGCCCGUAGCUACGCACCAGCUCUAUCAUACUCCGCUGCUCCAGCUUUGUCCUACGCUCAAAGUUACGCUCCAGCUCUAUCCCAUUCCGCUGCUCCAGCAUUGUCCUACGCCCGCAGCUACGCUCCAUCCCUGUCCUAUGCCGCACCAUUGGCCAAGACCGUUGCCAUCGCUCAGCCAGCUGCCAUCGCACACGCUCCAGCUUUGUCUUACGCCCGUAGCUACGCUCCAGCUCUGUCCUACUCCGCACCAUUGGCCAGCGCCAAAACUAUUGCCAUUGCUCAGCCAGCUGCCAUCGCACACGCCCCAGCUCUGUCUUACGCCCGUAGCUAUGCUCCAGCCCUAUCGUACUCUGCUCCGUUGGCCAAGACAGUUGCUAUUUCGCAGCCAGCCGCCAUCGCUCACUCUGGAUCCUUGUUAUCCGCUAGCCCAGCCCUGACCUACGCUCCAGCUCAUGCCUCCAGCUACACCGGCUCUUACAUGAAGUACAACAGCCCCCUAAUUGCCUAUGCUUAUUAGGAAUCUCGCAAUACACCCAUCAUGUUCCUAUCCAUGUUCGUUGAUGACCUCGGUCCGCACCAUAGUUUAAUGAUGUUGUUGAAUAAAUUCGUCUGCAAUGCAGAAAGUAACUGACAUACUUC